AUGACAUCUGAAGCGAACUGGGAGAAAGUUGCCGCGGGGAAGCGCGCCGCUCUCGCGGAAUCCAUUCCGACUCAAUACCGCAUACCCCAGGACAAGUUUCCACCGGAAUCACAACUCGAUGUCACGACGUGGCCUAGGGAAUCUGGAUGGCUUACGGAGUCAGAACUCGCGAUCACUGAGAGCACCGCGUCAAAUAUCCUCGAGAAGAUUGCGUCGAAAGCAUGGAGCGCCGAAGACGUUACGCUCGCAUUCUGCAAAUGCGCCGCAGCGGCGCAUCAACUGACGAAUUGUCUCAGCGACGCCUUCUUCGAUGAAGCGGUACAGCAAGCCAAAGCCCUCGAUGAGCAUCUCGAACGAACCGGCAAGACCGUAGGACCGCUCCAUGGCCUGCCUAUAUCGCUCAAAGACAACUUCAACGUAAAAGGGAAAGAUAGUACCGUAGGCUUCACCUCCUUAGUGAACCAACCCGCCGAAUACGAUGCGACGCUGGUGGAAAUACUGCGUCGACUGGGCGCUGUCCAAUAUUGCAAGACAAAUGUGCCAACAGCCAUGAUGAUCGCAGAGUCCGUGAACAACACAUUCGGCCGCACCGUCAACCCACUCAAUCGCAAAGUCACGUCCGGCGGCUCCUCAGGCGGAGAAUCAGCCCUCAUCGCAUUUGGAGGAAGCCCUCUGGGCGUCGGAACAGACAUCGGCGGCAGCUUGCGUAUCCCAGCAGCAUGUACCGGUAUCUUCACUCUGCGCCCCUCCUUCGGUCGCUUCACCACACAACGAUGCAGAUCCGGUCUCGCUGGCCAGGAAGCAGUGCAAUCCGUAAACGGACCCAUGGGCAAAACACUCCGCGACAUCACCCUCUACUCCAAAGCCAUCGUCGACGCAGAGUGCUGGAAACUAGACCCAAAGAUGCUGCCAAUCCCAUGGCGGCACGUCGAUCCCCCACAGAAGCUCAAGAUCGCGGUGCUGUACAACGACGGUAUCUGCCUACCCACGCCGCCUGUGACGCGAGCGCUGCAGGAAACGGCGGUCAAGCUGAAGAAAGCGGGGCAUGAGGUUUUGGUCUGGAAUCCGAAGUUGCAUGCUAAAGCGAUUGAACUUCUAGGCCGCAUGUUCGUUGCAGACGGAGGAAAGAGCGUGGAGGCUUUACUCGGUGUAACGGGCGAGCCGUACCGACCUGAAAUGAUACAGUACAAACACGCGAAGGAACUGGGUGUUUAUGAUAUGUGGAAACUGCAUACGGAGCGAUCGGAGCUGCAGCGACAGUAUCUGGAACAGUGGAUGGGGGUUGAGGGACUUGAUGGUAUUUUAGCACCGACAACACCCUACGCAAGCGUAGCGCACGGCGACUUCAAAUACGUCGGAUACACCGGCGUGUACAACGUAGUCGACUACUCUGCCACGUCCUUCCCCUGUGGCGUCUCGGUCGAUAAAGCCGUGGAUCAGUAUGCGAGCGAUUACAAGGCGCAGAGCGAGUCCUGUCAGGCUGCUUGUGAUAGCUAUCACCCUGAGCUACUUCACGGCCUACCAGUUAGUCUACAACUUGUUGCGCAACGGUUGGAGGAGGAGAAGGUACUUGCUAUGACUGAGACGGUGCUUCAGGCGAUACGGUCGUGA